AAAACCUUGAACUUGGACUGGCGUUUGUCUGAUCCGACUCGACUGCAGACGAUGCUGGACGGCGAUAGCGAGACGGUGCUCUACAAGCGCGAGUCCAUCGGGCGCAAGGCCGUCGGCGUCUGCGCGCUCAUCGCGAGCGCAGCGACCGUGCCCUUCAAGGACGCGAUCGCAGGCAAAGUCGCGGGCGGCGUCGCGUGUAUGGUGCUCUACUUUUCCAUCAUGGACAUGUCGUACAGCUACAACGUCAAGCGCUUCACGGGCGUCGCAGGCGCCUUGACGCUCUUCAUUGCUGGCGCGUGGCUCGCCUUGAGCCCGGUCUUGCCCGAGUGCGAAGCGUCAACGUGCACGGCCGCGUACAUUGCGAUCGUUUUUCUCUUCCUCGCGGCCGUCGUGCAGGCCACGUCGCUUCGGUUUGUGAGCCCACAUGCGCCGUCCGUCUCGAGCGAAGACAUCUUCACACGCAAGCGGGCCGAGGAGGUCCUCCAGUUCCAGCUGCGCCUCGACGUUGUGUUUGCAGGUCUCUUUACCAUCGCCGCCGUCGUCAUGUCCUCCGUCGCGCCCAACGCGACAGCAUUUGUCGUCGCGGCCUUUCUGCAGGCGCUGCAGACCGCCGGCACCUACGUCAUCCUCCAGAGCGUUCGCCGAACCGACACGCGUAUCGAGGCCACCUACAUCGAGUCCGUGUAGCGGACGUGAUGUGCUAUGUGUAACCAAAAUUGUAUUGUCAGCGCCCUGUCUUCACAUAUAGGGACGUAGCGUUGGCUACCGUAAUGUACUGGGUCGUAGACCCAUUUUG